UCAUCCUCUUCAACAAUCGGAAACGUCAAUAGAGCUGCUAUGCCACCCAGGCCAUCCAACCUUCGCCCGCUUUCAUGGUCAGAGCUCAGAACCCGGACUUCACCUCCUUCAAUAUCUCUCACUUUAUCUACCAGCGAGACCCAUCUAUGCCUCUCGGCAACAUUUUGAGCGCGAAAUAAUCUGUUGGAUAUUAUAAGAACUCCGCCGCCUCGACCUACCGCGCCUUGCUCCACUGCUGAUUCCACCUCUCGCGGACCAUAGGUGGCUUUGUUGGUUUCCUUGCGUAGUUCGGAGAAGAAUCUGUCCAUGAGCGACGUUUCCUUUGCGUAUUUGGUGUUCGAGAGGAGCGUUUGGACGGAUGGGGAUUGAAGCACCUCAGCAAGGGAGUGCAUGUGGCCCGAUGAGGAGUGGACAACGACAAUGUUUUGUAGCAGGCCCUUCAAGCCCGGGGCGGAUGUAUUCGCUGCAGACUGGAUAUGUUUUUGGAAUCCCGCCGCUGUGAAGCCAGGAGAUGCCAGGAGGAUUGGCUUUGUAGAUACGCCGCUGGACGAAGGUUGACGGGAUGUCACAUUAAUUUCGAGCAAGCGGAUGAGCGUAUCGAGGGUGGUUUGGAAAAACUUUGUUAAGGCCUUUAUGAUAGCGUGUCAGUAUGCACUUCACGGGAGAGAUUCCUUUUACGAAUAUGCGCCAGUCCUUCCUGCAUUACAACCGCCACGGCUUCUGCCCUUCUAUUCCCUCCUUCAUCCACCGCUUCCUUCAACAUUUCGACAGCAACACUAUCCCAUCCUCCAGCUUCACUUGAAGAUUCCACCUGCUUCUCCAGUGUGAAAUUUCUUUGCAGUUCCAGAUCAAGCGUAUGAUGCUGCCCAAUCUUGGUGUAUGGGUUUUCCGCAACGACUCGGCCGGAGACAUGGAGCUGGGAGUUUUGGGGGUCAAAAUCCAAGCUCUUAACACGGAUUUGUAGCGUCAUAUGUACUCGAGAGGAGCUUGUAGUUCCCGUUGCAGCUGUAGUAGUAACGCGACGGAUCGCACUCGCUUUGAGAAGGUCAUCAGGUCGGAUGAGGUUAUAGCAAUGCCACUGGACGAAAGGUCACGGUUAGCUUUGCACUGGUACAAAUACGUCGGACCAAGGAUAGCGUUUGGUAGAUCUUUGUGUGUUCUUUUCGGAAGACUAGCUGGAAUUGAUUAACAUACCAUAUCCUCUGGCUCUUCGGGGUAGAGUGUGACAGAACCCGAGCCAUCUCGCUCGAUAUUAUUUUUGAUUAGCCGCAUCUCAGACCGCAAAUAUUUGGCCAGACAAUUAUCCGCGCAGAUUCAAAAGACAAGCCUACACAGGAGUUCUGCAUUAGCUCUGUGUAUUCCUAAGAAGUCUAGGCCUUUGUAUAUUAGUCGUUAUCGUGGUUUAGCCUUUGGAGUUGAAAUUUUGUCGCGGCUGCGUAGGAUGAUGGUGGGGUUGUGUGGUCGUCAUAAUAGCUCGAGGCAAUUGAAUGUCAACCCCGCCAUUACUGUAAAGACACCAACUGCACCCUCAGAGAGUUGAAAGGACUUCACUUCUCAAUAACGAUUGAGGUCGUCAAUGAGUCAGAAUUCGCGAAUACGGGCAAUUAUUUAUCCUAAGCGAGGGAGCUAGAAUGAUUCUGCAGCGCAAGUUUACACUUAGGUUACAUAGCCAGAAGAGAGGGAAGUGGAUGAUAUAAUGACAGCAUUUCUUGACCAUUGUUCUCCACCUUACUUUAUUUUCGAGUCUAUAAUCCUUAUGGACAUCCUUCGACGUCUCAAAACCGUAGUGUUGAAUCCAGUUGCGAAAUUCGCUCCCUCUUCUUGUGCAUAUAGACUAGUACCCAUCAAUAUGGCCCCGUUGAAGCUUCAAUCGACUCAUAAAAUGAACUCGGGGUAUGAGAUCCCGGUUCUGGGAUUUGGUGUCUAUCAAACACCUCCGGAACAAACUAAGAAUGCCGUGUUGAAGGCUCUCCAAGUCGGAUAUAGACAUAUCGAUUCUGCGAGGGCAUACCACAAUGAGGCCGAGUGCGGAGCGGCCGUCCGUGCAUCUGGCCUCAAGCGCUCAGACGUUUUCUUCACCACAAAGGUGCCAAGGAAGGCCAUGGGCUACGAGCAAACCAAGGACUCUAUCGAGUCUAGUCUCAAAGCAGCCAAUCUUGAUUAUAUUGACCUUAUGCUCCUUCAUGCUCCAUAUGGUGGAAGGGAAGCCCGCGAAGGAUCAUGGCGUGCUCUCGUAGAAGCCCAAAAGGAGGGCAAGGUACGCUCCAUUGGGGUUUCUAACUACGGCGUACACCAUCUCGACGAACUGGAAGAAUAUAACAAAGGUAUUGGCGGAAAAAUCGACGUUGGUCAAUAUGAGCUGCACCCCUGGUUAGCUCGCCCGGAUAUCGUUGAGUGGCUAAAAAAGCGCAAUGUCGUUAUCGAAGCCUAUAGCCCCCUCGUUCAAGCAACUAGGAUGGACGACCCCCUUAUCAAGAACUUGGCCCAGAAACAUAACAAGUCGCCUGGGCAAAUCCUCCUUCGAUGGAGCUUGCAGAAGGGCUUUGUUCCUCUUCCCAAAUCUGUACACGACAAUCGCAUUGAGGAGAAUUCUGAGAUUUUUGACUUCGAACUCUCCGCUGAGGACAUGGAGACAUUGAACACAGGCGAAUAUCACCAUGUUUGCUGGGAUCCUACCGUGAGCAGGGACUAAAUGCAAAACUCAUGGGAACAAUGGACAAUGUGUGAUAUGGCUAUGACUGUUGGAUAAUACCUGUUUCUAUCGCAGCUCUAUAGCCAAAAUAGAACGCCUUUCGUGCUGCAGAUUGUGUUUUUGAUGCAUCCAUGCUAUCCCCUGGUUCCUGAAAUACUGGUAGCCAUUUGAAUCCAGGAACUGGAAGAUAUAGAGGAGCAUUGUGAUAGAAGAGAAAUACUAGAUAGAUGCCAGGGCAACUAUUGUGGAGUUGUACUGCUUCACUUCUUUGUACUGUACCUCUUGUGGUUUUUUGUCUGCUCCCAGAUCACCAUUCACUACAAACAUGCAAAGAAGAUUUCUCUCUUUAAAUAGUAUCAAUACCAAAAAUCCUUUUUCAUACUUCAGAA